AUGAAGGAUAAUAAAAGUAUAGGCGAAAUCUGGGGCGAAAUCGUCGGCCGCUACGGCGACAAGACCGCGUUUAUCGACAUUGAAACCGGGCGGACAUAUUCCUUCCGGCAAUUCGACGUGCGCGUCAAUCGAUUCGCGAAUUUCUAUCAGGCCCGUGGGCUCCGAGCCGGAGAUGUGGUCGCGAUUCACAUGGAGAAUUCGACGGAUUUCGUGGCGGCAUGGCUCGGGGCCGCGAAGGUUGGCGUCGUCACCGCAUGGAUUAACAGUAAUCUUCGACAAGAGCCGCUGGCCCAUUGUGUCCAUACCUCCAAGGCCCGCGCGGCCAUCACAAGCGCUUCGUUGCAAUUCGCCCUCCUCGACUCGAUCUCUGCCGGCCAUCUCCAGAUGAGCCCCGAGCAGCUGUGGGUCAUCGGCCGACCCAAGGAUGCCAAAUCGUUAGACCUCGCCGCCCAGCUCGAUCUCCAAUCGACACGACGACCCGCCGCCAUCGAUAAGAUCGACUUUAAGAGUGUCCUCUGCUUCAUCUACACCUCUGGUACUACUGGUCUUCCGAAGGCUGCUGUUAUGAAGCACUUCCGGUACUACUCGAUGGUAAGCGGAGCUGCUUUGGCUUUUGGUGUCCGGCCGUCCGACCGAAUCUACGUGUCGCUGCCAAUUUAUCAUACAGCUGCUGGUAUCCUCGGCGUUGGACAAUGCCUGGUCCGCGGCUCGAGCUGCGUCAUCCGCAAAAAGUUCUCGGCCAGCAACUUCUGGAUGGACUGCCAGACGUACGAGUGUACGGCCUCGCAAUACAUCGGCGAGAUUUGCCGAUAUCUGUUGGCGCAGCCAAAGUGCGCCGAGGAGGACAACCACCGCAUGCGGCUGAUGUACGGCAACGGGCUGAGGGCGGAGAUCUGGCAAAAAUUUGUUGAUCGAUUCGGCGUGCGCAUCGGUGAAGUUUACGGCAGCACCGAGGGCACCUCGAACCUUGUCAACAUCGACGGCCAC